AUGUAUUUUCCACUGCAUGCACUUUUGAACACAAUGAUCACAUCCAUACUGGCAAUAUCCCUAUGCUGCAGCUUCACAGCCGCAUUCGUCGCCGAGAAACAGUUUGUUGGGCAAGAUCAAGACACGACCUCGCCGAAGCCGGAGACGCUGUCCAACUUCGACUGGGCAGGCAUCACAGCAGCCGAGCAAUUGGACUACACGCCAUGCUAUGGCGACUUCGAAUGCUCGCGACUGAUAGUGCCGCUGGAUUGGAACAAUGCGUCGAGCCCGAACAACAUUUCACUAGCACUUAUACGGCUCCCUGCGGAAGUGCCCGAAUCUGAUCCCAAACAUGGAGGCACCAUCAUAACGAACCCGGGAGGACCUGGUGGUUCCGGAGUACAGCAGGCCUUGCAGUUGGCUCAGAAACUCCAAAAACUGCUUGAUGGGCCAAAGUACUACGAGAUCUUGUCAUUUGAUCCUCGAGGUGUGUUCCACAGCAAGCCGCAGGCAUUCUGCUUCGAUACUAUCAUAGAUGCGGAUGUAUGGUACGAGCAGAAGCGGGCAGCAGGCGGUCUUGAUGAUGGCGACUACUCUCUCAAGUAUAACUGGGCUUUGGAGAAGGCUCGCGGAACGCUCUGCGCGGAAGCAGAGAAUGGCAAGUUCCAAGACGGCGAGAAUUUACGCAACCACUUAUCUACAGCUUACGUUGCGCGGGACUUGCUGGAGAUCGUCAAGAAGAUCGAUCGACGCAGGCGGCUCAACUUCUGGACUGCCAACCAGAUUCCUUUGGGCGCAGAAUUUCCUCAGUCUUCGACCAAGCUCCAGUACAUUGGCACGUCAUACGGUACCUUUCUUGGACAGACGUUCGCUGCCAUGUUCCCAGCCCAUGUCGGCCGCAUGGUUUUGGAUGCCAAUUUAGACCCGGACAACUGGACUUCGAGGUAUGAGGCAAGCAUUGAUGAUCAUGGCAAGAUCCGAGAUCUGUUCUUCGAAACCUGCUUCGCUGGUGGUUCAGAGUGUGCUCUCUUUCGCGAAUACGACAAGAGCGUCGACGACGUGAAAUCAAGGUACGACGCCAUGAUCGACUCAUUAUACGAGCUUCCUGCAUCGAUCACUGGCAAGGGACGUGCCACGCCGAUCACACCAGUAGACAUAUACCAGGGACUUUUCACGGCGACAUACCAGCCGCUAUGGUACUUCAAGCUCUUUGCCAACUUUACGAAUCAACUUGUGACGGGUGUGAACCCUGCACCGCCCUUCUGGCAGCUGCCGGUUCCGAAUCGUGAGGCGUUCACAGACGAGCUCCUCAUCAAUCAAUAUAUGGGCGGCGAAGUUGGUCCAGCAACACACUGCAGUGACGGUCCCGAUCUUGUCAACGAGAGUCUUGCUGGCUACCAGACCUAUCUAGGGAAUCUUACAAAAAGAUUCGGCUGGGCGGGCGCGAUACAAGCAGAUUACAAGAUACCAUGUUGGACAUGGCCGGCCUCUCUCCGGACCAAGUGGCGCUUUCAAGGACCGUGGAGCACAUCGGUGCCUAUCCUGUUCGUCAACAAUAGACUUGACCCAGCGACACCCAUUAAGAACGCCCGGAAGAUGGCUGCACAGUUCAACGGAAGUGUCUUGUUAGAGCAAGACGGCGCCGGACAUGGAGCGCUUUGGCCAGCUUCGGAGUGUAUGUGGAGCAGCGUCAAAAGCUACAUGCAACAUGGUGAAAUGCCACACGAGGGGACAGUGUGUCGAGCGCUCUGCAGGCCCUUUGCCAAGGAUGACUGUGAAGGUAUCGGUGCGGAUAACUACCAACUGAUUGGUUAA